GGUAAAUUGACCCUCCCCCACCAUAGCCUAUAAAGCCGACGUGGUACACACUACGCAGUCUUGUCUCAACGGUGCAAGGAGUCUGUUUGAAACCUGCAUCCUCUUGUGAUUCGGCUGAAAAUGCUGGCAAAAGUGGAAUAUGGGGGAGUCCAAAAAUACAUUAAAGUUCCUCAAACUGAUGACAAUUUCCAUUUCCUCCAGUUUCUUCAAGAAGCAACGGACAAAUUUAGUCUGCAGGCUCAACCUCUAUCCGAGGGUGUGUUAGCCUUGACUGAUGCAUCAGAUACCGAGGUUGAUGCAGACACAUUUGAUGAGCUGAUAAAGUCAGGGGUCCGAAACUUCAAGGUUGGAUACCGCAAGUACUCAGUGACGGAGUUGGACAUUGAAUUGGUGGAAUACAACUCGCAGUCCUCCGUAUUGUCAGACUCCACAGCAUCACCAGUUUCAUUGCCAGGACCCCCCGCAUCACCAGCUUCUGCAAAUUCAGAUUCGACCAUCAUCCUCCCAUCCACUAAAGAGAGGAGGAAGAGAGGCCUGGUAGAGCUGGAACGUAAUGAAGCAAGACAGAAAGUUGAUACUAUUCUGAGGUCCAACCCGAAAGGUGAAGAAAUCUUCAAAGAAUAUGACAAAACUAAGACGCUGUCAGACACAACACGCAGACAUAUGAUCAACAUUCUGGUUGCAGAAAUGACAGAUUCACAUGGGAGGAUUCCCCCCAGAAGUGUCAGGACUAGUUAUGCGCUCGGAAUUGUGAACCUUUUCCCAUAUCUACAAGAUCCGUACUCAGAGCAUGGAUAUGAACAUUACUAUGACCCUGAGGCGAAUACUGGCUAUCUUGCUUGGAGACUCAAGACGGUCCAACGCAACACGCACGAUGGCCUCCGUGGGCAUUCCAGGCCCAAUCCCCAGGGCAGCCCAACAACCCAACGAGAAUCUUUGUUGAUUGCUGAACAGCUCAAGGAUGAGGAGUGCAGAGAGGCCGUGUCUGUAAUAAGACACUCCACAGAUGAAUCCGUGGUCAAAGAGAAGAUGAGAGCCACCUUUGAAUACAGACAGAAGCUGGUUCAUGACCAGGAUGCAACAUCUUCAGUCUUUGACGUCUUCCCUCGUUUCCUUGACAUACCCGGACUGAUUGACCAGGAUUUCUCACUGAUGUUUGGGGACGAAGUGUCUGGAAAGUUUCUUGCAAAGUGGCCUUCAUAUUUCAAGCCCAAAGUCAUCAGAGAAAGCCAGAGUCUUCCUUUCAGUCUUCAUGUUGAGGAACUGCGGGCAGGUUGCAACCCUGAGACUGAGAAUGAUCAUGGCUGGGAUAGUGAUAUGUCAGCUCUCCUGUUGCUGUUGCAUCUUCUGCCCCCUACAUCAAGAGGCCAUAAGAAAACUGUCAAGAUCAGCGCCGCACAGGCAGAGGACCAUCUUGUUAGAUUUGUUAAGCAUGGAGCCAGCCUCACUACAUUCCUGGAGAAAGUUGAUGCCAGACAGCCUUUCCUCCUCUGCACUGGACAGCAAAAGAAGAAAGUCGAGAGAUUCUUCAUCGUUGUGGACAACAAACCGAUCCCAUGCAACGCCCUGACGUCGGUGGGUGCCUUUGAUGGGCUAUUCAAAGCUCAUUAUGUUUUCAGCCUCUCUUAUGAUGAAGCCCUCUUCGGUUUCUACACCUUCAUUCAAACCACAGUCUACAACAUAGAUGUUGGAAGCACAAAGGAAACGCCACGAGUCAAGGAGCUGAGAGCACGACUGCUACGUGAGGCUUAAAUUCCCACCAUUGCACAAAGGUCAAGGAAUUGUUAAAAAAAAACUUCAGUGAUUAUGUUCACCUGUUUUGUUUGCAAAACACACCACAAAAAUUGUUCGCUUCUAUGUCAACAUUUAAUGUUCCAACACGGUUUAUACCCAGCCAAAAACCUACGUCUGAAGUGUGGAGAACAAGGAUGUCCUUCUUCUUUUUGUACAUACAAUGGCUUCAGGAAGCAUCUUAACAAUGUACACAGUCAUCACCAUGAUGAACAGGUUGAUACCAACCAGGAAGAGGACAUGCAAAGACAUUCUGAUGU